AUGGAUGUGGUUAAGGCCAUGGACACUCAGAUGUUGGCUUUCACCCCAGCUAAGGCCACGGUUCAGGCAACUCAAAGAGCAGCUAGGACAGCUGGGACAGCAGCUGGUGUAGCUCGUGCAGCUGCACAAGUAGCUCGAACAGCUGCCAGGACGGUCGAGGACCGAGCUACGGUCGAAGCUGAGGUAAUGGAGAUCGAUCCACCAGCUCGUCCAGUUAGGAGAGUGGAUUACUUGAGCCUUCUAGCUCACAUCUCCAAGCAGUUUGCUGGUAGUUCUGAUCCCAUUGAGGCAGACGAGUGGAGGAGCAGUUUGGCUCAGAAUUUCAGCUCAACUCGUUGCCCAGAGGAGUACAAGAAGGACAUUGCGCUUCACUUCCUGGAAGGUGAUGCACAUAACUGGUGGUUAGCUCUGGACAAACGCACCAAUGGGACAAUUGAGCGGUUCUCAGACUUCGAGGUGGAGUUCAACCACAAAUACUUCCCGGCUGAAGCUUGGAACCGUCUGGAGUCUCAGUUCCUAGACUUGACUCAAGGACGCAUGACAAUACGUGAGUACGAAGAGAAGUUCAACCGGCUCAGACGAUAUGUGGGCAAGGAGUGGGAGGAGGAGACGGUACAGAUACGUAGGUUUGUUCGAGGCCUAAGGGUCGAACUUCGAACCUAUUGCUCCGCUGGUCACUUCCAGACAGUGUCUGAACUGGUGGAACGCAUGGCUAUGGUGGAGACUAACUUGGCCGAAGAGGCCAAGCUGAAGUCUAGGGGCCACACGGCUUCUAGUGGAUCCGGAAGCGACCGGAAGAGAACAAGGGACACAGCCGAAGGGGGCAAGGCCUCAAGUGAUAGGCCGGAGUGUCCUUCGUGCGGAAGGCAUCACGGUGGAGAGUUUUGGAAGGUAAAAGGGGCUUGCACCUGUUGUGGCAAGAUGGGCCACUUUGCUCGAGACUGUCCUGGACGGUCAGAGAACUGUGGACAGGGCUCGUGGGAGUGA